GCCAACAGUAGCCAAAAUGCAGAGCACGGGACAACAUUUUGUGGAUACAUUUGUGGAUACACCAACUGGGAUUUCUGGGAUUUUUAUGAUGGGAUAUUAGCCUAUUAACUAAUCAAAAUGAGUGACGUGGGGCUCACAAAGUGCGCCCAGGACCAGUUCUCAGGGAGUGGGCACACAGUGACCACGUCACGCCACCCAUAUAUCACAGACCCCAUCGCCUCCAAGCGGAUCUGCUUCUACAAGAGCGGUGACCCUCAGUUCAGUGGCCUGCGCAUGGUCAUCAACAACCGCACCUUCAAGACUUUCGAUGCCCUCCUAGACAGCCUCUCCAAGAAGGUCCCGCUGCCAUUCGGAGUAAGGAACAUCACCACUCCCCGAGGGGUCCAUGCAGUGCACACACUAGAUGAACUGGAGGAUGGGAAGGCCUACAUCUGCUCUGACCAUCGGAAGGUCAAACCCAUUAACAUGGCAGUAGCCAAUAAGAAGCUACCACCCUGGUACAAUGCCCGCCCCAUGAGCGCCCGGCGUCGGGCCUUGCAGCUGGCCAAACAGAACCCUGGCAGGCCCAUGCACAUAAAUACCCCUGUCAUUGUACGCACACCUAAGAGGUUGAUGGUAUUCCAGAAUGGGGACCCCAGUGUCAAACAUAAUCUGAUGCUACAGAAGAGAACCACUCGCACAUUUGAGGCUCUGCUGGAUUACUUGUCCGAGUUGAUGCACUUUCCUGUGGUAAAACUACACACACCAGAUGGAAGAAGGGUGGAUGGGCUCCCAGCUCUGAUUAUAUGCUCUGGGAUUGUAGUAGCUGCAGGUCGCGAGGCCUUUAAAUCUGGGAACUACAAGACACAAAAUUCUUCUGCUUCAACAUGGCUGCCUGCUAGACGAAUGGCAUCUAAAAGACUAAAGCAACCAGCAUCCCGUAAGUCUCAUUAUGUUCACUCAACAUUUUGUAUGUAUUUUGAAGCAUGUUUUUGUCUUGAUGUUUAA